AUGAAAUGGACCACGCCGUUACUUAUAGCCCGAGUUCUGAAGGCCCAGGCAAAUAGCGCCGGUGAAUUAACUCUUCAGGAGCUGAAAUCAAGACUCGUCCGCCUUGCCGAAGAAACCGUUGCUUCUACAUCUACAACCACUACUACUCUCCAGCACAAGGGGAAGCGUACCAGUAAGGAUUUCUUUGUGCCCAAUUCGUCCAAGAGCGCCAGAGAUGGCAAUGGACUGCUAUUGAGCUCUUCGGUCAAUCAGAAUGGUCCCUCUUUGGGGUCUUCCACGACUUCUACCCCACAUAAAGCAUCUUCCAAAAAGAUCAAAAAGCCUAAAAGACGCAACAGAGUAAAGAAAGACGAAGAUUUUGCUCCAAUAAGCUGGACUAACGGAUUUGCUAGCUCUCAGAAUUAUCGGCCCAAGGCCCGAACAUCCUACCAGGCAAAAAGCGAGUUUGACACUAUGAUUAAAGAUUGGAUCACCACCAACUGGCUUAACGUGGACCAGGUUCAAAUGCAGAAGAAACCCUGCCAUUUUCUCAUUCAUGACAGAAUGGCUUACCACGGAUUGUCGGUGUUUGAAGCGGUGGUAAAGAAUCUGGAGGACGAGUUUCCUGACAUCAAUCUUAGUCGCCGUGAAUUACGCCAGCGAUGGAACGAUGAGUUUUCCACGAUGACAUUGUUAAAUAACGAAAACACUUCAAAAAUAGUGAGUAAGAAGUUUCUAGAAUUGGUCAAGACGGUAUUUUGGCCUGCUUUCAAAACACAGAGGCAAGAUGCAGCAUCUUUGUUGUUCAAGCAAUACCUAAAUGACCCGCAAUAUGAGCAAAACGUCAUUGCAACGCUGAAAAGGUCUGUUUCUAUCAAUGCUAGAAUGGUUAACUACCUCAAGAACUUUGAAAACUUGAACAUUAAUAACAAUUUCACCUACAUUAAGGACCGAGAACUCUCUUUGUUACCUUCUUUGGACUACAGUCAGCUUAUAUGGGAUGCCCGCAAAAAGAAUCGCGUGUUCAAGAAGUUUUCUCUGUUGAAAUAUACCUAUGUCUUUGGUAAUAAGGUCAACGACUUCAAGAACUUGGAUAAACUCAAGUCUAUUAUGAAUGACAUCCCUUCUCAGGAAAACCCUUACUUUAUAGUUCUUACAGCCGACAAGGAGACCUCUCUAGAAUAUUAUAGGCUCUUGAAGCUUGCCAAGCAAGCCCACGUUGGUGAUGAGGAGAAGAGAGGCUGCGUGGUGUUCCUCAAUGAGAUUACGGGAAAUUCUACCACUACAAGUUUCUUUCCGCCCGAUAAUAAGACCAGGAACUAUGCUGCUCAAACCUAUAACGUUAUCGAUCAUUUUAGUGAGAUCUACGAUAUUUUAGAAGCACUAUAA